UACAAAUUUAUUUCUAAACUCUAAAGUAGAUCAAAGUUUUCUCAAGCCACUUGAAACUAAAGAUGACUGCACAAAAUUUCGGCAGAAACGACAAGGCCACUUUUUCUCGGUACGUGGAAGAGAAUUCGUUUAGGCUGACGGAAACAAACGAAGGAAAAGUUUUGCAGCUCUGCCCUUCCCUAGUCACUUCCACCAACUCCAAAGGUGACACUCCUCUUCAUUUCGCUGCUAGCUUGGGACACACGAGCACCUUGAUUCAGAUGUCCACGAAAUACGAGGGAGAAACCCUAGAUGAUCCAAAACUUGAAGAAAUGAUGAAUAACGAUGGCUUGACACCUUUACAUUGUGCGGCAAUGAAGGGUUCUAUUGAAAUCCUUAGGGAAUAUCUCGAUAUGUCGCCCUCGUCUUUCGACUCAGUCACAGGAGGAAAGAAAGAAACUGUCUUUCAUAUAGCUGCGAAACACAAGAAUAACGAAGCUUUCAUCUUCAUGGCUAAGAGUGCCAAGUUAGGCAAACUUCUCUACCAGCUCGAUGCAGAGGGCAAUAAUGUGCUUCACGUUGCUGCCUCCGUAGGCUCUAUUGCCCUGGUAAAUUACAUAAUCGACGAAACAAAUAUAGAAGUAACCACCAGAAACAAAAAGGGUUUUGCUGCGAUUGACCUCCUCAACGAAGACGAUGAAGGUUUCCAUCAGCUAUCUACCGCUCUGAUGUGUGGUCUGGAAAUAGUAAUCGAACACCCUUCAAGUCCUAGAGAAAUGGGAAAUCUUGAGAUCCAAGUAUUAGAUGUAUUGAAGAAGCUGCAGACGCAGAUGCUAAGAGUUCAUAGUAGAUUGAGUCCUAACAAAGAAAUGGAGAUACUAAUGGAGGGACCGAGUCCUAACAAACAAAUGGAGAUACAAUUGGAGGCUUUGCAAAACGCUAGGAAUACAAUCAUAAUUGUCGCUGUCUUGAUUGCAUCGGUUACUUUCACAUGCGGUCUAAACCCGCCUGGUGGGGUCCAUCAAGAGGGACCCUACAUAGGGAAAUCAACCGUAGGAAGAACCCUAGCUUUCAUGAUCUUCUCGAUAAGCAAUACCAUCGCAUUGUUUACAUCAGUUAGUAUGGUCAUUCUUCUCCUCAGCAUUAUACCUUAUAGGGAGGAUUCACUAAAGAAGUUCUUGGUUAUCGCACAUUGGAUGAUGUGGGUGGCUGUUGCAGCUAUGGCAAGUGCUUAUGUGGCUGCGGCAUCGGUCCUUUUACCAUAUUUUGAAGAAACAAAAUGGUUGCUCUAUGCCACUCUUGCUAUCGCUGGCUUGACGCUAGGGGGUAUGUUUGUUUAUCUACGGUUUAAGCUGACUAAAUGCAUCUUAAGGAAGAUGGAUUAUCUUAAAUGGAUGUCGUCCUCGCUAGUACCCAAGCAUGGGUCCCUAGACAUGGCAGCCAAUUCGGUUAAAGGCUAUUAUAGCUAUUGAAAUCAUAAUUAAGAGGUAUCCAAGUUAUACAGGGCAUAUC